CAGAGACAUUACUGUUGAACCCUUGCUCUUCUUCCAUGAAUAGGUCCCAUUCUCCUUGUUUCCUUCCAAAAUGAUGGGCAUGAAGGAUCAAAGGAGGUAGAAGAUGUUGAGAAGUUUCCAUAAAUGGCUGCCAUGACCCAGACAGUGAUGGCUGUUCUUCUGCAAGUAUGGAAUUUAGUUAGGGUUACACUGGUUGUGCCAUUGUUAAGGUUGGCAAUCUUCUUGAGCUUGGCGACGACAGUGAUGAUACUUGUGGAGAAGGUAUUUGCAGGAAUUGUGAGUUUGGUGGUGAAAGUUUUUAGUCUAAAGCCGGAGAAACGGUACCGAUGGGAACCGAUGAGCCCAGACUUGGAGACCGGAAACUUGGCUUAUCCUAUGGUGCUUAUUCAGAUUCCAAUGUACAAUGAGAAAGAGGUUUACAAGCUCUCAAUUGGAGCUGCAUGUUGUCUUGACUGGCCUUUAGACAGGAUGAUAAUCCAAGUGUUAGAUGAUUCUACAGAUCUAACAGUGAAGGAUUUGGUUAAGCUUGAAUGUGAGAAAUGGAAGAGCAAAGGAGUGAAUAUCACUUAUGAAGUAAGAAACAAUAGACAAGGUUAUAAAGCAGGCGCAUUGAAGGAAGGAAUGAAGCAUGACUAUGUUCAAGAGUGUGAUUAUGUUGCAAUAUUUGAUGCAGAUUUCCAGCCAGAAUCUGAUUUUUUGAUGAGAACUAUCCCUUUUCUUGUGUAUAAUCCUGACAUUGCUCUUGUCCAAGCUCGGUGGAAGUUCGUGAAUGCUGAUGAGUGUAUGAUGACCAGGAUACAAGAAAUGUCACUAAAUUAUCACUUCAAGAUUGAGCAAGAAGCAGGCUCUUCUACAUUUGCAUUCUUUGGUUUCAAUGGAACUGCAGGUGUCUGGCGUAUCAAAGCCAUUGACAAUGCAGGAGGAUGGAAAGAUAGAACAACUGUCGAAGAUAUGGACUUAGCUGUCCGAGCAGGGCUUGAAGGUUGGAAGUUUGUCUAUGUCGGAGACGUUCAUGUGAGAAGCGAGUUGCCGAGCACCUUCAAGGCGUAUCGGCAUCAGCAGCACAGAUGGUCUUGUGGUCCUGCAAAUCUGCUCAAGAAAAUGGCCAUGGAGAUCAUGAAGAAUGAGAAAGUGUCGAUUUGGAAGAAAUUUCAUAUGCUAUACAGCUUUUUUUUUCUUGGGAAAGUCGUUAUUCAGACGGCAACAUUCAUCUUUUACUGUGUUGUGAUCCCGGUUUCAGUAUUAGUACCUGAAGUUGAAAUUCCUCAGUGGGGAGUGGUUUACAUCCCAACAUUGAUCACAGUUUGCAUAAUUUUUGGAACUCCAAGCUCAAUUCAUCUGGUGAUCUUUUGGCUCCUUUUCCAAAAUGUCAUGUCUUUACACCGAAUAAAAGCCGCUUUAACUGGACUACUAGAUGCAGGGAGAGUGAAUGAAUGGAUAGUCACCGAGAAGUUAGGCAAUGCACACAAGCCUAACAGCACUGAUAAAUUCAAAGAAAGCUCAAACACUCAACCACUGAUCAACAAGCCUAAGACAACUCAAACCAAUAUUUGGCAAAGAUACUAUUUUUCAGAAAUUUGGGUUGGUUUGUUCAUGUUAUCAUGUGGCUGCUUUGAUCUUGCAACAAGACGGCAAGGUUACUUCAUCUACCUUAUCCUCCAAGGCAUUGCAUUUCUCAUCGCCGGUUUUGGAUAUGUCGGAACAUAUGUUCCUGGUUCCUAGUCAUCUGCUUGCAACACUGAAUUCAACAUCAACAUUUGCAGAAUAUCAUGCCAAUCUUUUGUGCCUGCACUUACACUGCUAUUCAUUCCUGUUUAAAGACCAGCAGAAAAGGUUGGUUAAAAAGAUCUUGUCAAUUGGUGACAAUUGUACUUAAACAAUCAGGAAGCUGCAACAAGAGCGGAAAGAAGCUUCCUUAUUAGAGUACAAUUUUGUAAUCAUUACUGACAAUUUUAUUUAUUCAAUUCAUAUUCUAUGUAACAUUUCUGCAGACAAAAAAACAAUGAAGUUCUGUGAAUGA